GUAGAAUUGCUCGCACAGCCAGUUGACGAGUUGCCAUCGCGCUAAACGGUCGCUACAGUGCUUGUGUUAUACAUUUACGUCACGUCGACUUCGUUUGCAAAUGACUGCGACGUGUGCUGGCGGUGACGCUUCCACAAACAGACUAAUCAACUAAACAGUCAACUUAUUUAGUUUACUAAUAAAUCAACAAUAUUGAAAAGAAGAAUUUAUACGCUAAUAAAUGCUGUAUUUGGAAUUGUGAGUGCGCCGAAAAAAGCUUAAACAUUUGUGCGCGCACAAUAGAAAUUACCUGCAAAUAUAGCAUUGAAUUGAAGAGUUUAAUAAAAGUAAAUUGAACUAAAUUGCGUACAAAAGGAAGUGAAGAAUUAGUGUAAAGUUUUUGCAAAUAUUUUUUCUUUCUAAACAGCCGAAAGCAAGCUUGUGAUAUACAUACAUACAUAUAAACAAAUAAUUUAAAUUCUGCGUUAAAGUGCGCGUUUCUGAAGCAAGGAUUUUUAAGAAAAUAUGCUCCAAUAAUCUAAAUAUGUUUACAAUAUUGUUUUCAACGUAGUAACAUUUGUACGUAACUAUAUUUGUGUAGAUAAAAUUGAUAACACUGCUUGAGCUUUUCGUCCUUGCAAGGAUAUGCUGGCGAAAGCUUUUGUGUAGCAAAAAAGUUUAGUGAGUGCCGACUUCCACAACUGAUAGCUAAUAUAUACAAACAUAAAUGCAUAUUCGCAUCAAUACAAUUAAUUACAUUCGUUGUUAUUUAAUUCCUGCAAAAGCAAACACACACAAAAUUAUAUUUGAAGUGCAAAUUUAAAGUUAACAACGAGAAACUAAAUAAUUUCAAACAAUAUGGCAGCCGUGCAAACCAUCGAUCAAAUUAAGCUGGGCUUUAAAAUGGUCGACUUCAAAGUGCAACAGCGGCGCUUUCGUACCAAUGAAAAAACCAUUGUCAGCACCAUAUAUGGACCCGUAAAAGGUGUUAAACGUAAGUCCAUCUAUGGUGAUUCAUAUUACAGUUUCGAAAAGAUACCCUUUGCAAAGCCACCAGUAGGUGAGCUACGCUACAAAGCACCGCAGCCGCCAGAUCCAUGGAUAGAAGUGAGAAGUUGUACAUCGCGUGGUCCAAAGCCAUUACAAAAACAUUUUGUAUUCCAAAUGACAGAUGGCUCUGAGGAUUGUCUCUACCUAAAUGUUUAUACAAAGAAUAUAAAUCCGCAUAAACUUAGACCGGUCAUGGUGUGGAUUUAUGGUGGCGGAUUUCAGUUUGGUGAAGCUUCACGUGAACUCUAUAGUCCGGACUAUUUGUUGCGCGAAGAUGUUGUCAUUGUAUCCAUAACUUAUCGCCUGGGACCUUUUGGUUUUCUCUGCAUGGAUGAUCCAGCUUUCGAUGUGCCUGGCAAUGCCGGACUCAAGGACCAGGUCAUGGCAUUACGUUGGAUUAAAGCAAAUUGUGAGCGCUUCGGUGGCGAUAGUAAUAAUAUAACACUUUUUGGUGACAGCGCAGGUGGUGCCUCAGUACAUUAUAUGAUGAUUACCGAUCAAACGCGUGGGCUCUUUCACAAAGCGAUUUCCAUGUCUGGAAAUACAUUAUCACCAUGGGCAGUUACGCCGCAACACAAUUGGCCAUAUCGUCUAGCUGUUGCUGCUGGUUAUACGGGAGAAGAUAAUGAUCAAGAUGUUUUCACAUUCCUAAGUAGAGCAAAGGGUGCCGAUAUAGUCAAGGCCAAUGAAGAUUUAUGUUCUGACGAAGAGAAACGUGAACGUAUUGGCUUUUCUUUUGGCCCAGUGAUCGAACCUUAUGUGACAGAUCAUUGUGUGGUGCCUAGAAAACCUAUAGAGAUGAUGCGUACCGCAUGGAGUAAUCAUAUACCUAUGAUUAUCGGUGGCGUAUCGAAUGAAGGACUGUUGUUGUAUUCGGAAACGAAAGCUAAUCCAAAACUACUUAAUGAACUCGGCGACUGUCGUUUUGUGGUACCACUCGAACUCGGCAUGGAUCGCGAAAGCAAAGUGUGCAAAGAGUACGGCAUGCAAUUGCGGCAAGCCUAUUAUGGUGAUAAUGAGCCCAGUUUAGAAACUUUACACGAGUAUCUAUUGAUGGUUUCGCACGAAUAUUUCUGGUUCCCCAUCUAUCGCACAGUAUUGUCGCGUAUGACACACGCCUCAGCUCCCACCUAUUUGUAUCGUUUCGAUUUCGAUUCGAAGCAUUUCAAUCACCUGCGUAUACUCAGCUGUGGUAAGAAGGUACGUGGCACAUGCCACGGCGAUGAUCUCUCAUAUUUAUUUUAUAAUUCUGUUGCACGUAAAUUGAAAAAUCAUACACCUGAGUACAAAUGCAUUGAACGCCUUGUGGGUAUGUGGACACACUUUGCGGCGCACUCCGAUCCUAACUAUGAUCCAGAGCAUGCAAAUUUAUGGCAGCCUGUAUCUAAAGACUCUUUGGAGAAACGGCAAUUAAAGUGCCUUAAUAUAUCCGAUGAAUUGAAGGAGAUCGAUGUACCCGAGCUGAAGAAGUUGUUGGUUUGGGAGAACUUCUACAGACCUGAUCAGUUGAUAUGAACAACGGAGACCACAACGGCUUAUUUAUAAAUUCAACGAAGUUACAUACCGUUGGUGGCAUAUUAAACUUAUCACGAAGAACUCUUAAUAGUUGUUUUUAAAAGAAAAUUUCAUAUUGCCAAGUCAAAAGUAUGUACUUUACGAUUACUAGCAGAAAUUGUAAUUUCAAAUACGAAGCGUAAAAGGCAAUUCGUUGUGAGAUUUUUUUUAUUUUAUAGAGCUUAUGUAAAAUUAUAAAAUUUUUUAUCGAAAAUAGGUAUAUAAGUAAUUUGAAUAUAGUUAUCCAGAUAGAAGUAAUAUACAACUUUCAGAAAGCAUUGAUAAAGACAAUGUAUUAAACAUAACAGAAGAAAGAAAAUUAAGAAGAGAAAUAUAUAUAUUAAAGUUAAAGCAGUUUUCUUAAGCAACUUACGAAAGGCAUUGCCUUAGCUUGUUAGUAUAAAACAUUUUUAUCGUACAAAACUCUGAAAAAUGACUCAAAUCGACGUUUCAAGUAUACCACCAAUUUUAAAUGUUAUUACUAUAAACCAAAAACAAAUAUAUUAGCACAGAAAUAUAUAUUUUGGUAUAAUUUAUUACAUUUAGAAUGUGUGAAUAAUUCUUAGACGUAUAUAUUUUAGAGCGUUCAAGGCUAUUUUUGUAACUCUCAAAAGUACUCGUGCAAUAUUUUAGUGAACUUUUGAGAGCUUUUUGCAAAUAUGAAUAUUUUUGCAGCUUUCGCAACCAAAAUGAUUUGUGUGAAAGCAUAAAAAUAUUUUUGAAAUUAUAAGCAGCUUAACAAUUUAAAUAGGAAAGCAAAGCAUAUAAUUUACCGUGAAAGCUUUAACAGUGAAAUAGCAAAUUACUAUGUAUAAUCGUACAAAAUCAUUCUUUCUCUAAUACAUUCAAAGUUGUCGAAAUUGUGGUGUGGAUCACGAACUUCUGCAAAGUCUUCCAAAUUCAAAAGUUACUGAGCUUUAAAGCUUUCCUGUAUGCGCAAGAUAAUGUAAUAUUUCUAAGUUUGAUAGUGUAAUGCCUUAUGGAAAUUAAAAAGCUUUUUUUACAUGCAGUACAGCGCACGCAAAAUAUUAUUUGUAGACAGUAGUUUAUAAUAAUAAAGAAUAAUUUUUAACUGCCUAAAAUGAACGAAGUUUACGUAUUAGAGAACCACUAUGAUUUUAAUAUUUGUCAGAUCUUUUAUAUAUAGAAUGUUUAUAGAUCAAGUUUCACCAGAGUUUUAUUAAAUAAAAUGUAAACGCUUUACUUAAAUUGUGAUCUAAUUUUUUAUUCAACGUUAUAUACGUCUUACCGAACUUCCGAAAAAAUAGAUAUAAUAAAGGAAACUAUGAAUGACACGUUGAAAAUCAUUAGAAUUUAAAGAAAUGUACAAUUAAGAAUGUAAAAUAUAUUUGUAAAAACUUCAACACAAAUUAAAUCUAUAUGUACCUAGGUAUAACAAAACAAAAGUACCUUUUUAAUGAAAAUGUGACACUAUAAUGAACAGAAUGUGAUUUUUAGAGCAAGUCAACUUACCUGAAAAACGUGACAAAUGUGCAGAGAAUAAGUUGAUUAAUAUAAAGCAAGUUUUUUAAAAGUCAAAGAAGUCCAGAAUAUAUAGACCAAAUUGCAGAUGCAAAUAAUUUUAAGUCACUCAAACGAAAGCAUGUCUUCUAGCUUAAAAUUGCUUAAUGCUUAUUAAGCCUAUGAUUAAGUUGUCUACAAUGCGAAGCUUAGCCAAUAGAAGGCUAGAAUUUUUAUUCAAGUGAAGGUUAAGCCGCUAAUCGCGAAAACCAAAUACAACAAACAUACAAAUUCCAUGUGCAACAAACUUUCUUUAUGAAAUAUGUGUGUUACUAUAAUAUUUAGAUGUAGUUAAUAAUACUAACUAAUUGUUACAAAUGAGAAAUUAAACAAAAUACACUUGGUUGUCAAAAUUUUUAAAUCAAAUUAGCUAAGUGUUUUUUGAUGAAUGCACCAGAAGAAGUCUGUGUAAUUUUGUAUACUUUUGAAAUAUUUUUAUAACGUUUAUUACUAUGGACAAGCAUACCGUUAAAACUAAAAUGAUUGUGAUGCUAAUAAUUAUUAAAAAAUAUUUUACUAUGAAUGUUAUAUAUUGAAAUCUUAUAACUGUUGAAAAGAAGAAAUAAAAAAUAAAGAAGAA